UCAGCCGGUGUUUUCAUAUUUUUACGCCCCUCCGCUCCUGUAGGUUGGUUCCAUGCUUCAGAGACAACAAACGUAGCAUACAGAGGGGACAUGACUCUGACCAGAGGAUCUUUCACCUAUGCCAGUGGGGAAGAGUACCACGGCGAGUGGAAAGAAGGUCGGAGGCAUGGUGUUGGCCAGCUCAAGUUUCAGGAUGGAACCUGCUACUCUGGCCAGUUUGAGAAUGGACUCUUCCAUGGCUCUGGUGUACUGCUCUUCACAGAUGGAUCCAGGUACGAAGGAGAAUUUGCACACGGAAAGUUUCAAGGCGCAGGAGUCUUCAGUCGAUACGAUGGCAUGAAGUUUGAAGGAGAAUUUAAAGAUGGACGUGUUGAGGGAUAUGGGCUAUUGACUUUCCCAGAUGGAGCCCACGGUGUCCCGCGAAACGAAGGCUUGUUUCAAAACCACAAGCUGCAAAAGAGAGAGAAGUGUCCAGGAGUGGUGCAGCAUGCGCAGGCUUCAGCAUCCAACGCUCGCAGUCUGGCACUUUGACUGUCAUGGACCCCGGAAGAGACACAGUCAGCGUUCAAGCACUUUCCAGGAGGGCCUCAAGGAUGUGUACUCGUAUACUUCCCUCCAGGUCUUCUCUCUCUGUCUUUCUCUCUUUUUCACCAUAUCUUUCUUUUUAUUUGUCUGCAUCUUCCCUGCUUAGCCAGUGGCUUGGAAUGCACAUGCAGUUUGACCAAACAAUGGCUUUCUGUAUGACUGACUUGAAAUGCACAACACCAUGAAGCACACUUUUAACUUCACAAGUCCUGUAAACACCAAAUGGUGCUGGGUUCCCUUGUUCAAAUUAUUGUACACAUAAAUAGUGUCUUAGUAUUUUUCUCAAGAAUAGUUAGCUUUCAUACGGAAUAUGGGAGACCUCUCAGCUUUUGUUUUCUUUCUGCUUCAUCAGGAGGAGUAAAGUAAGUCUGUAUGUUGAAGACUUGAGCCACAACAUCGAUCAAUUUAUCAUAAGAAAUGCUGCAAUCUAUUACAACAGAGUGGUACUUAAAGGUCCCCUGUGAGGUUUUGACUUCUGGUACUGCAAGCUAGCUAAGGACCUAAACAAUGUACAAUUUAAACCUAUUCAAAACAAAUGAGCUUUACAAAUGUUUUAUGAGUAAGGAGAUGCAUUCAACGUGUUUGUCAGGCCAUACAGAUGUGAAUGUAAACAUAACUUGUUUGUUCACAAAAACUCCACGGGGCACCUUUAAAAUCUCAUCUCAAUUAACAGUGCUGCUGCAAACUUUAUCUCUGCGUGCAUUAUGUCACUGGUGUUUCUCCUUUGAGAAGAUCAGUAUUCACGUUUGCCUUAAAGACAUUUUGGUACAAGAGUGUAGUUCCAGGGUGUCCAUCUGAAAAUGAGAUGAUGUGCAGUUCCCUCUCCUUCCCUUGUCCUCUACAUCAUUUGCCCUAAGGUGUCUAUCGACCUAAUGAAUUUGAGGACUGUUUGAAGAUUACCUUCAGUCUGAGGGAUACGUUGCUAAGCUGGUGCUGAGUCUCAGCUCCCAUCACUCAUAAGUCCAGUAACUCUCCACUCUCCAAUAUACCUCCCUCUCCCAGUGGAAAUCAUGGGAGGGGAGAUUUAACUCUGCUGGAUAAUUCUCU